AUGAAGAUCUUUGCCAAGGCCUAUUACGUCAAAGUUUGGAGAGUCAUCAAAAAUGGGAACUAUCCCUUACCAGCUGCUACUCCACCACUUGCUGAUCCUGAAGAUAUAGAUUCAUAUACAAAAGAGCAAAUGAAAGUGGUACAAGUUAACAAUAAAGCAAGAAAUCUGCUUCAUAAUGCUAUAAGUGGUGAAGAAUAUGAGAAAAUUUUAAGCUGUGACACAGCCAAAGAAAUGUGGGACAAGCUUGAGGUCACAUAUGAAGGAACCAACAAAGUAAAGGAAACACAUAUUAAUAUAUUGGUUCAUAAUUACGAACUCUUCUCAAUGAAAGAAAGAGAAUCUAUUGAAGAGAUGUUUGCCAGGUUUAGCAAAAUAAUUAGCGAUCUAAAGGCAUUUGGCAAGCCUUAUAUCAGUGGUGAUCAAGGUAGAAAAAUUCUCAGAAGCCUGCCAACCACUUGGCAGACCAAAGUAGUCACACUGGAAUCUCAGUAUCUAAACAAAUUAUCUUAUGAUGAACUACGAGGAGAACUCAUAGCUUUUGAAAAGACGCAUCUCAAGAAGACUAGUCAAGAAGAAAAAAGAAAAUAG